UCUGUACUCCUCACGAUGGUAACUUUCAGAAGACUUCACCACAGGCUCGUCUGGCUGUCCAGUGUGGUCACACAAAAACCAUUAAAGAAAUAUGAAAGAUAUGAAAAACUUUGCACUGUUGCUCCUGGCACAAAGGCUGCAAAGAGUCAGGCUGUGUCAGAUGGAGAGUUGAACAUGUCUGCACGCAGCUGUGGAGGCAGCAGCUCCAGUCUUCCAGGGACCCCAGGAGGAGCGGGUGACCCCGCCAACAGUGUGCUCCGAUGGGCUGUCUCAUUUGAAAACCUCCUGGAGGAUCCCUGUGGUGUGCGGUACUUCACGGACUUUUUGAUGUCUGAGGUCAGUGCAGAAAACAUCUUGUUUUGGCAGGCCUGUGAAAAGUUCAAGAAAAUCCCUGCUACAUCUUUGAAUGAGCUGAAGACAACAGCCCGCUCUAUGUAUAACAUGUAUUUGUCUGAGAGUGCUCCGUACUCUGUGAACAUCGAUGACACUGCACGGGUGGAGGAGCAGGACCUGGAGCAGCCUGUCCCCGACAUGUUUAACCAGGCUCAAGCUCAGAUUUUCAAACUCAUGAAGAUGGACAGCUAUCGGCGCUUUGUGCGCUCUCCACUGUACCAGAGCUGCACUUUAACCAGUGUUGAAGGGAAACCUCUGCCUCCUUUGUCCUCAGAGGCAAAAAAAGGGUCUCAGGACAAUGUGAACAAGAGCCCCCGCAGUGACAAGAAGAACAGAAAGUCAGACUUGAGUGGCUUAAGAAGUAAACACCAUGAGAAAAGAGGAUCCUGGGGAGAAGUAGAAGCUUCAGCAGCAAAUAUCAUGGCCUCCCGAAAAGAGUCCCAAAUGUCAACAAAGUCCACCAGCAAUGUGGAACUUGGUUCCCUCUACAGGCAGAUUGAAAAUGGGAGGAAUAGUGCUCUGUCCUCAGAUGACAGUGGGCGUGGCCGGCUAGGAGUAGAAGGCGGUUAUUGCUGUGUGUAUCUGCCUGAUGGUAGUGCAUCUCUGGCCCCUACUCGGCCUGGACUGCCCAUCCGAGACAUGCUGCAGGGCCUGUGUGAGAAGAGGGCCUUCCCUCUCAAAGAUGUCAUCAUUUAUCUUCACGGCAAGGACAAGCAGCAGCCUCUGUCUCUGGAACAGGACUGUGCUGUGCUCCGGGAUCAGCAGGUGUCUCUGGAGCUCAGAGUGACAUUUGCGCUGGAGAUUGCAUUCACUGGUAAGACAGUGGGCAUAAUGGUAAAGUCCAGUAAGACUCUGCAGGAUGCCUUGUCUGCAGUGCUGCAGAAGCAUCACCUCAAACUACAUGAAGUUCAGCUCUCAGUGGCUGGGAGUGACGCACCAGUGAACAUGAACACCAGUGUGUUCAAACUGGCCAACAAGACACUUCGGCUGGACAAAGCCAAAGGGAAGGACCCAAACAUUUCUAAAGGCAGUGUGCAUACAACCGCUGCACAGCCUGGAACAGGGACUGAAGGGGACAAGGUGUUGCGAUCACAAUCGCUCAAUGAGAGGAACAAGGCUCAGCCCAAGCCCAGUAAGAACCGCGACAUGGAUGGGUUUCUGGACAUGUUGACCAGAGCACAAUGCUGCCGCGUGGAUGACCAGAGGGGGCUCCUGACCAAAGACCAGCUUGAGGUCCCUCUCUUUCUGCAGCAGAGUCCUGAAAAUGAAGCAGAGAAGACCGAAGAAACACCCUCUGCUCCUCAACCUGCAGAUGAGGAGAAGCCGGAGAGUAAGAACCUAAAGAGUCCAACAGAAGAAGACCCCAAAGACGUGAGAGAAACUAAUCUCUGAGCCCGUGUGGGAAAUAUGGGACAAAGCUAACUCAGCUGAGAAGCACUUUUGUUGCACAUAAGCUCUGAUGCAGACAGAAAUCAUUUAAUAGACUUUGAACACUACAAAAGCCAGUGUUUGAUGUAGAUGCGCUGAAAUCUGUGAGGGGUGAAAAUUAUUCCAGUUUUAGAACUUUCUCAUGGAAAAUAUGCUCUUAUUUAAACUCAGACAUAUUACAGGGCCAGAGACUUGUCCAAAAGAGUGUACGAAAUGAAUUUUAAUGUGUACAUUUUAUUAACUGUGUAUUUAACAUUGUGUUCUGUGUGUGCUUACUUUUUUUAUUGUGUUUAAGAGUUCUGCAUGCUGUUUUCUGUGACGGCACUUGGACAAAUCCUAGCCAUUGUUUCGGCCCCUUACUUUUUGUGCGUCUAUAUAAACAAAUCCUUUGAGGAGUGAAAUGGACUGAAUUAAACUUAUGAGCUUUGAGAUUUUGUAGAAAGGAUUAAAUGUGAAAAGAUAGAUUUUGA